AUGAGGAGCACCAGAAUUUCCCGAUUGGUAAACGAUCAUUUGCGGAACUCCCAAAGAAGGCGUGGGGACUCUUCUCUCGUGGUGCAGACGGGGUUCCCGACCUCUCUCGUCGAUCUUUUCAUCAAGAAUCGUGAAAAACUGAAAAAACCAUCCAAGAAAAAUAGAGCUAGGAACACAGCUAUACCCCUUGAUGAUUCUAAUGAUCCAGUGAUUAGUGGAUCCUUGUUCACUUCUUCAUCUAUGCAUACGCCUUUGCUUUGUCCUCCACCUAGUCCCUCGCCUUUGCCUUUACCUCCGUGGUCGAGGGAUCUGGACGAAAUUACUGUUGUGGAUACUGAUGAUGGUGACUUUGGUGCUAGAGGUGAUAAGAGGGGAAGUGGUGUUAACAGGGGUGUGGAUAUGAUUCGAUUUUUUGUGACAGUUGUAAAGAUCUUUAUGGCCGUGGUUUUGGCUAUGGGGAUGGAGAAAUUAACAGUGGGGAUGACAAUGUCCGCAUUUUUCUUGUUUUCCCUGGAGUAUGUGGGGAAGUGUGGAUUAUUGAAGCCGUGUUCUGAGGCACAAGAAGGGUUAAGAUUGAUAGUGCAAACUUUUUGUAGGUUUUUCGCAGAUAGGAAGAAUGCUGGUGUUUUGAGCUAUGAUGUGCUGCAAGUGGAGUCUUUUAAUCCCAUCUGCUCGGGUUUGAAGAGGGAAUGUGGGUCGAAUAGUCCAAGUCGAGAAACUCAAAAUGUGGAACCUAAGCGUUUAGGGAUUGCCAUUGCUGAGGAAAUUCAGUAUGAAAAGGAGAUAACGGAAGAUUCUAGCCAUGAUGGUAGAUUGGGAUGUAUAGAAUUAGAAAUUAGGAAACUGAUAAUGGAAGAGUCUAUAAGUGAAAGGCUGGAAUUGAAGGAGAGGAAGUUGCGCAGAGCUAAGAUGAAGUCGAAGAUCAAGAAAUUUGUUUCAAAGAAACUACGUAGAAGAAAGGAAUGUAACUCUGAAAGUUAUGAAGUUAGUCCAAUUAGAAAAGAUAGCAUUGCCAUAUGUGAAGAAAGACACACAUAUGAAUGUGAGGAUGAAAUCGAGAAAGAAAGUGAUUUCAAAUCGUCGUCCCUGUCAAUUGGAAGGGAUGGAUGGAAAGAUUUUGUUGAUGCCAAAUGUGCUUCUGAUAAAUUAUUAUUGGAGGCCAACAGUAAAAUAACUCUAGGUGAAGAAAAGGUGAGAACAGAAACCGGACAGGAUUCGAGAUAUCUCUGUCUGAUUGUUCUCAUCGGACUUAUUGGAGGUCGAAUAUUUGCACUUAUGAUUGCCUUAUUGUGGUGCCUGCUGUUAAAAUCCAGCAAAACACCACUACAAAGACUCAUAAAGCUGCCUAUUAUAGAGUUACAGAACAUUCAACCUUUGAUUGGCCUCUCAACUCGAGGUGUUGUUCCGGAUAUAUACAAUUCAUGA